AUGAGUGAUGUGGUGGUGAACGAUAUGGUGGUGAACGGUAUGGUGGUGAACGGUAUGGUGGUGAAUGGUAUGGUGUUGAACGGAAUGGUGGUGAACUGUAUGGUGGUGAAUGGUAUGGUGUUGAACGGAAUGGUGGUGAACUGUAUGGUGGUGAAUGGUAUGGUGUUGAACGGAAUGGUGGUGAACGGUAUAGUGGUGAACGGUAUGGUGGUGAACGGUAUGGUGGUGAACGGUAUGGUGGUGAACGGUAUGGUGGUGAACUGUAUGGUGGUGAAUGGUAUGGUGUUGAACGGAAUGGUGGUGAACGGUAUGGUGGUGAACGGUAUGGUGGUGAACUGUAUGGUGGUGAACGGUAUGGUGGUGAACGGUAUGGUGGUGAACGGUAUGGUGGUGAACGGUAUGGUGGUGAACUGUAUGGUGGUGAACGGUAUGGUGGUGAACGGUAUGGUGGUGAACGGUAUGGUGGUGAACGGUAUGGUGGUGAACGGUAUGGUGGUGAACGGUAUGGUGGUUAAUGGUAUGGUGGUGAACGGUAUGGUGGUGAACGGUAUGGUGGUGAACGGUAUGGUGGUGAACUAUAUGGUGGUGAACGGUAUGGUGUUGAACGGAAUGGUGGUGAACGGUAUGGUGGUGAACGGUAUGGUGGUGAACGGUAUGGUGGUGAACGGUAUGGUGGUGAACUGUAUGGUGUUGAGCGGAAUGGUGGUGAACGGUAUGGUGGUGAACGGUAUGGUGGUGAACUGUAUGGUGGUGAAUGGUAUGGUGUUGAACGGAAUGGUGGUGAACGGAAUGGUGGUGAACGGUAUGGUGGUGAACGGUAUGGUGGUGAACGGUAUGGUGGUGAACGGUAUGGUGGUGAACGGUAUGGUGGUGAACUGUAUGGUGGUGAACGGUAUGGUGGUGAACGGUAUGGUGGUGAACGGUAUGGUGGUUAAUGGUAUGGUGGUGAACGGUAUGGUGGAGAACGGUAUGGUGGUGACUGGGGUGGUGAUGAGUGAUGUGGUAGGUACUGCUGUGCGGGCAAUUGAUGUGUUGGUGACGGCUCUAACAGUGGUCUUAUUAUUGUCUCGGGAACAUCUAGACCUUGAGAUGUUAUCUUCCCAGUGA